AUGGCGAAGGAGACAGUGUGUGUAACCGGAGCCAACGGUUUCAUCGGAUCCUGGAUAAUCCGAACUUUACUCGAGAAAGGAUAUACCAAUAUCCACGCUUCGAUUUACCCAGGAUCCGACCCGACCCAUCUCCUGAAACUACCAAGAUCCGACGACGCCGAGAUCAAGAUCUUCGAAGCCGAUCUCUUAGACUCCGACGCAAUAUCCAGAGCCAUAGAUGGAUGCGCAGGAGUGUUCCACGUGGCUUCACCUUGUACGUUAGAUCCACCGGUUAAUCCAGAGAAGGAGCUGGUCGAACCGGCGGUUAAGGGAACGGUUAACGUAUUGGAAGCAGCUAAGAGGUUCAAUGUGAGACGCGUGGUGAUCACGUCAUCUAUCUCCUCCUUGGUUCCAAACCCUAAUUGGCCGGAAGGCAAAACCGUCGACGAAUCGUCGUGGACCGACCUCGAUUUUUGCAAAUCGAUGCAGAAAUGGUAUCCAAUUUCGAAGACAUUAGCUGAGAAAGCAGCUUGGGAAUUUUCAGAGAAGCAUGCAACUAACAUUGUGACCAUCCAUCCAUCAACAUGUCUCGGACCGCUACUGCAACCGAACCUAAACGCAAGCUGCGCGGUUUUGUUACAGCUCUUACAAGGCUCGACCGAGACACAAGAGCAUCACUGGCUCGGUGUAGUGCACGUGAGAGAUGUCGCUAAAAGUCACGUGCUGCUAUUCGAAACACCUGAAGCUUCUGGUCGGUUUCUAUGCACUAAUGGGAUUUAUCAGUUCAGUGAGUUUGCUGCUCUUGUGUCCAAACUCUUCCCUGAGUUUUCUGUUCACAAGUUUGAUGGAAGAACUCAACCCGGGCUUACGCCGUGUCAUGAUGCGGCUAAGAGAUUGAUGAAGCUCGGGGUGGUUUUCGCUCCGGCUGAAGAUGCGGUGAAGGAAACGGUCCAGAGUCUCAAAGACAAAGGUUUCCUCUGA